GAUUUGUUUUGGGUCAGCGCCCGGUAUGUGUGGCACGGAGAGCCAGCCCUGCAGCAUGUUAGUCAUAACGAAAGUGGAAGUAACGCUGUAGACCAGGGCUGGAUGGACAGGGACCAACACAGCGAACCAUUCGUCCUCCGAGAAACGGUGCGGUAACCUUGCAGAGGAGCGUGUCGGCAGACAGAGGCCUCCCCUGCUGACUGGUGACUCCACGUACAGUUAUCUGAGGUAAAUGAACAUGGCCUCCAUUGGUAUCUUUAUCUUCACUCUCAUCCUCACUGCUGGGAAAGCCAGCUUUGUAAAUGUGCACUGCAAGACUGAAAACAUGGGACAGUAUGGCCAGCAGUCACUGCUGGAGUGUGCUGUCGAAACUUCUCAAGGGGUAACAGACGUGGUAAUCCGGACAGUCAGUUGGAAGAAAGAGGGUGUUGAUGAGCCCUUACUGGUUUUUCACAAAGAGCAAACUAUAAAACAGCCACGCUACUCCUUUGCUGAACCAUCCUGGAACAACAGGAACAUGAAUGUGUCCCUGCACAUCACCAACACUGCUGUGGAGGACCAGGGAGUUUAUACAUGUGUGGUGAUGACAGACAGAGGUGGUGAAACCAGUGAGACCAGGCUUAAAGUCACAGCCAAAUACAGCAAGCCUAAUAUAAGUGCCGAAUCUGAGAAGGUAACUCAAAGUACAGGUGGUACCCUGGUUUGUAACACUGUCGGUGGCUACCCGAAAGGUGAGAUUCGCUGGUUUGGUGAGCUCAACGAGGAUUGGACGAAGAGUGCUAAAAUGGAGGUGAAGAAGACAGAAAGUGGUCUGUUUGAACUCUCAAGCAAGCUGACCCUGCUGCCAGGAUCCACGUACUCCAUGUACACCUGCGCAGUGUUCAACACCAGUGGGGGCAAAGAGGACGAGACCACUUUUGAAGUACGAGAUGGCCAAGACGCAUCAGGCCGCUCAGGUGGCGAACCAGGAAAGCCGUCUGUUCCAGCCACCACAAUAGUGGCUCCUUUGGUGGUCAUCGGGUCGCUGAUCGUAGGAUUGCUGGGGCUGAUCCUUUACAGAAGGCGAUCUAUACAGGCCAGGAGAUUCUCUGCAACGCCCCUUAUGAGUGACCAUAGGGAGGUCCGUACGUGUGAGUCAGAUGCUGAGGAAGGAGGUAGUCGGGAGAUGGAUAGAGGCAAGACAAGCCAAGACACCCUGGCCUGAGGAGGCACAGCAUGUGACGGGAAUAUGCAAACUUACUGGAAACCUGAUAUCACAACUUCCUUGUUUGUUAAGUGUCGGUCUGUCGCAGCAGUUUUCCUACUGCAAAGAACUGUGUAUAUAAUCAGGGAUAACUUUUAUUACUGUGAUUUACCAGAGGAAAUGUAAGCACUUCAUUCACCAAAAGGGUCACUAAAUCAAAUCAGCACUUGUAGCUCUGGUCUGAAUCUGAAACAAGAUCUCAACUGAUUGUUAAUAAGUGCCAAACGCUUAAAGGCAGGACUGUAAUCUCAAAACUCUGAUCAACUAGAUUGUAAUUAAUUAUCAUCCACGACAAAACCAACUCGGUAGUGAUUUUAGGAUGGCAGUGAAUCUUGAAGAUGUGCAGGGAAAAUGUUGUUUUGUGUUUGUUCAGCCCAUGCAGUGACUGUAGCCUUUGGCAGCCUGGCAGGAGCACCAGUCCCUCUCACUUCCUUUUCUCAUAUUAUGUAAGCAUUACAAGGAAAGUGUAUCAUAUUCAUAGGAUAGGCGCAGGGAUUUAGAAAAUGGCGGGGAAAUGCUACAGCUAGUUGUUGAGAUUUGACACCUUUUGUGCAUUUUUCACUUCACACCUGACUUGGAAGUUGGUUUGAGGGUUUUAAAAGACUUCCUUGUGUCGUCACCAAAUCCCAUGAAAAGACACAAACUGGCUUUUAGCAAACAUGACUCAAGGAGGAGUAAUCAUUUAUUGCCACAGAGAUGACUAGUGGCGCUGGCUGGGAUUGACUCAAACACAUGAAGGAAGUAGCAGACAGUUCAGACAGGUCAUACUCACUUUAUGCCCUGUGAGCCAGAUAGGGUGUCGAGGGGUCUGCUGACCAUUUUCAGAUUUGUAAUGAAAAUAGCUGUAUGGAUUCAUUCAUUAAAAGAGUUUGUUGGAAGAAAUUCUUGACACAGACACUCCUGGUUACCAGACAUGACGGCGCUGUGAGACAGAUUGCCAGGGCCGAACAGAGGGACUUAAAUGCCGGUUUUGUGUAAUGGCAUAAAUUAGGUUCUAAGGAACAGAGAGAAGGCUGAUCACCGUGUGAGGGCUGUGCAAAAGUUAUAAAGGAAAGGGGGAUUCUUCUAAUCCCAAAAAUGUGAAUAUUACACCAGAAGAUUUUUAAUAUGCUAUUCAUUCUGUCCCUGGUAGGAGCAGUUUGAUUUUAUGAAUCACUGCUACAUUUGAGUGAGUAAAUGGUGGAAACAUUUCCAGCCUUGUUGAGUUAUGUAUAAACACUUUCUUAAAUGCAGUUGCAGCUAUUAUUUUUAUAUAUAUCUAUAUCUAUAUCUAUCUAUCUAUCUAUCUAUCUAUCUAUCUAUCUAUCUAUCUAUCUAUCUAUCUAUCUAUCUAUCUAUCUAU